AUGGAGUAUCUUGAACAUGGAGAUCUGCUGGUCUAUUUAAAUAACAGACCGCCACUUCCAGAAACCGAGGCAAAAGUGAUUGCUUUUCAGAUUUUGGAAGGACUCACUAUGAUGCAUGGGAAUGAGUUUGUUCAUAGAGAUUUGAAACCAAACAAUAUCCUGAUCAAGUCACACCCACCGAACACGUGGUGGGUCAAACUCUCGGACUUUAGGUUAAGUAAGCGUGUCGAAGAAGCAUCGGGAGCUUCUACUCUAAAGGGUACACCUGGAUAUAUAGCUCCCGAGCUCUAUAAGUUCACGGAGCGGGGAACUGCUUAUGCGCCUGAUAUAUGGGCUGUUGGUGCGAUAAUGUUUUUUAUGCUUCUUAAAACCCCUGUCCCUCAGUCGCCAAUUGAACCUAUGACUGAAGAAUUUGAGUUGGAAUUUGGGUUGUGGAAUACAGAACCUUUGCUUACUCUGGGCGAAACCCAUCAAGAACCCAAUAAUCAGCCCAGUACUGUAUCUACGGAAAGCCUGGUUGUUGCAGUGCACCGUCAGACGAUCAGUGAUUGUGGCGGUGUGGUUCGGCCGAUAAAUAAGUUUAUUCACCGAGGCUUCUCAGGGAACAUUUCAUUUUCAGCCGACAGCAGAGUUUUUGCCAUGUCCAGGAAUACGGAGACCAUCAGGCUCUGGAAUACCUCAUCAUAUUCCCAGCUACCUGGGCUAAAGGGGAAGCUAUAUAUUGCGUUCUCGCCGGACGGAAAGUUGAUUGCAUCAUGUGAUGCCGUCACCCUCGCAGAAGUUGGUCAUACCAAUCUCUCCGACUACCCACAUACUGGCGUGUUCUCUCCAGACAGCAGGAUGAUCACCUAUGCGAUCAAUCAUAAAGUGGUUGUGCAAGAGGUCUCCAGGGGAUCAAAACGCCGCAUAGCCAAUUGCAACUUUGGUUUUCGAGAUAAAGACUUCCCCAAUUACCCCAGCUUCUCUCAUGAUUCAAAGUUUGUCUGGUGUGCGUGUUUGAACAAAUACCAGAUGUUGGAUAUUGAGCAGAAUCUCACCGGUCGUAUUUUCAAGCUACCCGUUCUGAGCAAAAUGAUAAGUAUAUCCAUAGACGGAAAGUAUUUGGCAUAUCCAGACAAUGCGAAAAAAGCGCAUCUCCAUCUACUGAAACUUUCUACGAGACAUGUGGUGUUGAAGAUCGAGACCGGCAUACAUAACCCCACGAGCUUAGCCUUCUCCCCUAACAGCAAACUACUUGCAGUAUCUCUCCGUCAAUCUUUUUCUCGUGACAAUAUCAGCUUGUGGGACAUUGAAACAGCAAAGAAACUCUCAGAGAUUGUACUCCAUGAUCUAAUCCGAUCCAUAGCCUUCUCGCCUCAUGGCACUAUGCUCGCAUCGACGAAUACCAAUGGCUCUACUACACUUUGGGGUGCUGAUACAAGACGCUAG